CGGAGCCGUUCCGUGUCGAUUGGACUCGACUCGAGCGCCGUCUUCUCCUGGUCGUGGACGCGGCGCGGCGUCGGAUUCUUCCGUACUUCCGUCUCGAGCGACGCCGCCGGCGACAACCGCUUCCUCGCGACCUCCCGCCGCCGGCGAGGAAACCUCGUCUUGGUCCUCCAAGUUCAAGGUAUCGAUAGCUAUGGGAUAAUCCCGAAUUCCCGAUCGAUUUCGAUUCUAUUUGCAUGUGUUGGGAAGAUGGAGAGGGGUGGGGAGAUGGAUCCUCCCAUCACUGCCUCGCUGGGAGCCAUUCAUAUUGUUUUUGGGAAACUGGUCCGGUUGCUCUCCGAGCCUGGACUGCGGCUGCACAAGGAAGAGAUGAAAGCGCUAGGUGUGCUCAAAGACGGCCUCCAAGUUUUGAUAGAAGAUUAUCUGAUGGAACCAUCAGAUCUGGAGGGCCCUCCCUUCUAGGCUAACUACUGGAUGAAGGAGGUGCGGGAGCUGUGCUACGACAUCGACGACUUUGUUGAUGAGCUUUUCCAUGCUGCCGCUAAUGCCAAGAUCCAAAGAGCUCUCCAGUUUAAGGCUUCUCCACUCCGGAAGAAAUUGCCCCUCUUUAAGACUUCUCAGCUCCAGGAGAAGUUAUCCCGCUUCAACGCUUCUCAGCUCCAGAAGAAAUUGUCAUGGAGGCAAAAAAUUGUUGAUGAGGUCUCAAGUUUCAGUUCUUGCUUGAAGGAAUUGAUUAUGCUUUAUAAGCGUUAUGAUCUUGGUAGUUUAGAGAGACGUUCCGGGUGGGAAUCAAAUGGAACAAUGUCUUUAACUCUCCCGUUAGCUGAAGAGACCAGCCAACGCUGCUACCUCGGUAUGGACAAAGAUAUGGAUAAACUUGUUGGGUUACUAAAUGAUGGGCAGCAAGAAUGCAAGGUCAUUGCUAUCAUUGGACUUUGUGGUGUUGGCAAGACCACCCUUGCUGAAGAACUUUAUCAGAAGUUUGGAUUUCAGUUUCAAUGUUGUGCCUUUCUAAGGUUAUCUCGGAAACCUGACAUGAAGAGGGUGCUCGGUAGUUUAUUCUCACAAGUUCGGCAGCAUGAUCCUCCUGGUACUGGUACUGUUGAGGUGGAUAAUUUAUCCCAUGAGAUCAAGUCAUAUCUGAAUGACAAAAGGUAUUUUAUUGUAAUUGAUGGUGUUUGGUCAUCAUAUAUAUGGAACACUAUCAAUCAGACUUUGCCAAAGAAUUUUUACAGUAGAAUAUUGAUAACUACAGAAAUUGAUCAUGUAGCUCAGAGGUGCUGUGUUGAUAACCGCAAAUACAUCUUUAAGAAGGAACCAUUUAAUAAAGUUGAAUCUGAUGAAUUCUUCAGCAGAGUCCAUGAAUAUCUAAAGGAAAUUUCUUCUGAGAUUGCACAACUCUUUAGUGGCUUACCGCUCAUGAUGGCUAUUGUAGCUAGUAUUUUAACACGAUUGCCACCAAGCACAGAGCAAUGGAAUGUUGUAAAAAAAAUCAUUAAGUUCUAAAUUGGAAGGGAUUUUGGACCUCAUUUACAAUAUUAUUCCUCAUCCUUUGAAAGCCUGCAUGCUUUAUCUCGGAAUAUAUGAAGAAGACGAUAUAAUUUUAAAAGAUGAACUGUUGAGUCAAUGGUUUGCAGAAGGAUUUAUUGAUACAGUUGAUGGAAAUGAUGAGAAGAGGGUGGCAUUGAUCUAUUUUGAUUAGCUUAUCAGCUAUGGGCUAAUACAACCUGUAGAGACCAGGUUUGAUAAUGAAGUGUUGUCCUUUAGAGUGCAUUACAUGAUAAUUGAUUCUAUUCGGUCUAAGGCAGUCCAGCACAAUUUUGCCAUUGCAAUUGAUAAUCAUCAGACAGAUGUGCGAAUUGCUGAUAAGAUUCGUCGGUUGUCCCUUCGUUUUGGCAAUGCAAAUGAUGUGACAACACCAAUUGGGUUGAGAUGGUCACAAGUUCGCACGCUUGUCUUUUUUGGACCUCUCCGCUGUACACCUUCUAUUGCUGAGUUUAGAGUUCUUCGAGUUUUGAUCCUUCGAUUAUCUGCUGAUGAUGAUGAUGUAACUUAUGACCUCUCAGAAAUUGCUGAGUUGCUUGGAUUAAAGUAUCUGUAUAUUGAUGCAUGCCAUCUGAAUAUAAGGCUACCAAUGCAGAUGCGACAGUUGCAAUAUUUGGCAAAGUUAAAAAUAGAAGCAAGAUUGAGUUAUGUUCCAUCAGAUAUUUUUUAUUUGCCACGAUUGCAACAGUUGAUUCUUCCAAGUGAGACUACUUUGCCCCAUUUCACUGAGCCGAUGAAGUCUCUUCAUACUUUAGGGUGUUUUGAUCUCAGCGGGAGCUCAACAGAAAGUAUUGUGGAUCUUGGGAAGAUGGUAAAUCUUCAAAAUCUUCACAUGACAUGUUCUAGUGGACAGCCUGCCAAUCUGAAACUUCUAGGGUCUGUUCUCAAUAAACUCAAAAACAUGAAGUCUCUAAUUCUGGUAUUUACUGGUUCAUUGGAUGAUGCUGAUUCUUCAAUUAUGGAAAUUUCUUCUGAUGACUUCAGUGUUUCAUCUCCUCCGGUUCUUCUGACAAGGUUUGAAUUUUCAUGGCGCUCAUGCAUAUUUUCAUGCCUACCUAGGUGAAUCAAAGAACUGAACAAUCUCAGUAUCUUGAAGAUUGCCAUUAGUGAGAUGUUGGGACAUGAUGUUGAUGUUCUUAGUGUGUUACCUGCACUCACUUCUCUCUCUGUGUAUAUCCAAAGAGCACCUGAGGAAAGGAUCAGUUUUGGUAAAGGAGGAUUCGUAGCUUUGAAGUACUUUAAACUCAAGUGCACUGUACCUUGGCUCAAAGUUGAGGUAGAUGCAAUGCCUAAUCUUGAAAAACUGAAGCUAAGGUUCAAUGUUGGUCUCAGUCUGCAAAGAGUGGGUCUGCAUGGCAAUAACCUUAUCAACAUUGAGCACUUGUCAAGGCUUAAGGAGAUAUAUGCAAAAGUGGAGAGUGAAGGUUCUGUUGAUGCAGGGUCUGCUUUGAUGACUGGUGUUUGGAAUGAUCCAAGAAAUCCUACAAUUACCAUUCAAUUGAUUUGUGGUUUCUAUGGUGAAAUGACUAGACUGAUGACAAAAGAUGAUAUUAUCUUGGAAGAAAAUCCAGACAGCAUAACUGAGGAUGAGGUCAGACAGAAGGAUGAGAAGAAACAAGUGGAUGAUCACAGGUUUCAAUUUUUCGCUUCUUUACUUUGGUUUCACUUUUUGAACCUAAUUACUCGUGUAAUUCCUAUUAUAAUGCAGCUAAUUGGUGUUGUAAUUAGGACUUAGGCUGCGUUCGUUCACAGGAGAAAGGGGAGAUUGUGACUCGUUUUCCGCGCGCACGCUUUUCAAACUACUAAACAGUGCAUUUUUUGCAAAAAUUUUCUAUAGAAAAGUUGCUUUAAAAAAUCAUAUUAAUCCAUUUUUGAAGAUUAAAAUAGUUAAUACUCAAUUAAUCAUGCGCUAAUAGCUCACCUCGUUUUGCGUAUCUUCCCAAUCUUCUCAAUCCCCUCUCCCUCAAACACAGCCUUAUAUGACAUCAGAGGCUAGUCCUGCACUUCCUCGAAGACAUAUUGCUCAUGAAAUCCCACGGCUUCUUCCUUCAUGUGGUGGGAAAUGGCCCACCUCUGAUGCUGCCUUUGAAGGCCACAACCUUGUGAACUGCUAUGCUGGCAACCUCUCCAUCGCUGUCAUCCAAGCCAAUAAUUCCUUCAAGGAGCAAUACCGUGUUGAGUCAUCCCAACCCUUCGGCACCGUCAUUGGCAUCUUCGAUGGACAUGAGGCUCCGAAGCUGCCUGAUUUGCUUGUGACAACCUCUUCCUCCACCUCCAAGAGAAUUGUCCAGCUCACAACGUGUGACAACUGAUGCUAUCAGCAAAGCAUUCAAGGCCACUGAAGAAGGGUUCAUUGAGCUUGUGUCUCGCCAAUGGAAAACUGAUCCACAAAUUGCAACUGUUGGGGCAUGCUGCCUUGUUGGUGCUGUGCAACAAAAAACACUAUUCAUAGCCAACCUUGGAAACUCUCGGGCUGUUCUUGGAAAGGUCAGUUGCAUUGGGCAGAUUGUUGCUGAACAGCUCUCUAGUGAGCACAUUGCCAAUGAUGCAUGGAAAGCAAAGGGCCUCGUGCAGGUGUUGAGAGCGAUAGGUGAUGCAUACUUGAAAUACCCACAGUAUAGCAGGGAACCACUCAACAAACCAAUACUAAGUGCCAAUCCAUCUAUUGUUUCACGCGUUCUUCGACCAAGUGACCGCUUCAUCAUAUUUGGCUCAGCUGUUCUAUGGGAAUAUCUGUCCAAUCAGGAAGCUGUUGAGAUUGUUAAAAACCAUCAAGCUUCUGGAAGUGCCAAAAUGCUAGUAAAAGCAGCUCUUCAUGCAGCAGCCAAAAAGCACAACUUGCAUUACUCAGAUCUCUUGAAGAUGGACAGGGAUAAUCCUAGGCAUGUCCAUGAGGAUGUAAUUGCCGUAGUCUUAUUUAUAAACUAUGAUCAAUUACUGAAAGGGAAACAAGGGCGGCCUCUUUCCAUCAGAUACCCUAGAUCCAUACAACAUGGAUUAGUUCCUUCAAGCAGAAUUAGUUAAUGAGAUGUUUUCAUUGAAACAACCUUGAAAAGAGGACACAACAAAACCUCUAACUAUGCUAAAUUAUCAACACUUUUUGUAUUAUGAUAGAUAAUAUUCUGUUGUUUUGCAUCAUACAAGUAAAUGGGAAACUUUGAUUGUAAUAUCUACUCACUCUGGUCAGAUUUAUUCAGAAUUGUAUUUCUUAUAUCGAUAUAUUGAUUAAGGAGUACGUACUUGGAAAGUAAAAUGGAAAA